GUAGUCCAGUUGCACUGAACUUUGAAAAUACUAAGGUGAAAGAAGCCUUAGCAGCAGGAAGUGGUAGAGAUCACAGUUCUAAUGUGAAUGGGCUGGAAGAGCCCAGCCUUGCUAAGCGGCUGCGUGGCACACCUGAGCGGAUCGAGCUGGAGAACUACCGACUCUCACUGCAGCGGGAAGAAGAACUGGAAGAGGUUCCUGAAGAGACGCUGGCGGAGCAUAACCUGAGCAGUGUGUUGGACAAAGGAACAGAAGAGGAUGUGCCCAGCAGUAGUUCAGAGUCUGAGAUGGAGGAGGAAGAUGAGGAGGAAGAAGAUGAACUACUGCUGCCUCAGCAACCUCCUUCAGACUUGGGUGGUGUGCCAUGGAAAGAAGCUGUGCGUAUCCAUGCCCUCCUGAAGGGAAAAAGUGAAGAAGAGAUUGAGGCUGAGGAAAACCAUGUGAUUGGGGACAAAGACGAGGAGGAGGAGGAGGAAGAAGAAGAGGAGGAAGAUGAGGAGUCGAGCGAAGAGGGGGAGUAUUGCCCUUGGAACAGAGAGCUGCAGCAAGGCCUCUGGCUUCAACGUCUCUCAAAUGAAGAGGACACGGGUACAUUUAAAGCUGGAAACCUUAGAUUGCAGCAGAUUGUAAAUCCGGUCGAUCCUCUGGAGAUCCUGGCAGAUGUGCACUGGACACACAUCCGUGAAAAAGAGGAGGAGGAAAAAAUGGUCUCAUCCUCAAAGUCCUCCACCUCCAGAGCAUCCGACCUUCCCUCCGUACGCCAUGAGGCGGUACAGGCGUGGCUGGAGACGGUCCCUGGAGCUCCAUGUGAGGAUAAUUAUGUGGAGGACGAGCUGGGCACAGAGCCUGCAGACACAGAAGGGCAGGCAGGUGAAGAGGGAGACACGGGUGCAGAGCUGGAUGAUGAUGACAUCCCAUCUGAUGCAGAAGCAGAGUUUCGCUUACAUCAGCAUGAUGUAGAAGAGCCAGAACUAAAAGUUUCUGAAGAUGAAGAAGGUGAAGAAGGAUCAGAAGAUGCUUCUUGCAGUGUGACAAAAGAUCCAUGCAAGCCAACCACCCCUAUCCAGUCAUCUAAUGACAGCAUUCUUCCUCUGUCUCCAGUUGAUAGUCCCAAAGCAAAACAAGGAGAGGAUGUAAAAGAUCCCAUGGCUGAAGUACCCCGUGCAAUAAAAUCUCCAGAGGCACGCUUUUUUCCUGAGCCUUUCCUUCCUGAAGAAGGACCAAAGGAUGAAAUUCCCAAAGACAGGAAAGUUAAGAGCCCUUUGGUGCCAUCAUCUCCAGUGUUAUCCCAGCCAGUUGCAUCGCCAGAGGCCAUUGCACCUCCGUCACUAGCAGAGUCUCAGCCAGCAGCACCAAUAUCAGCUUCAUCCCCAACGUCUACUGAAACGCCUAUCUGUUCCCAGCCUUUACCUUCUGCUGAAACAACCAUUCCAUCUCCAGUGGAGCCUCCAGUAUGUUUCCAACCCGUCCCAGCCUUAACGUCUACUCCUUUAGCCAAACUAGUCCUUAGGGGGCAGGAUAGUGAGGUGGAAAAACUGCGGAGCCCUACUACUGCAGAAGAUGCCCUGAAACGGAGUAACCUUGUAGAAGAGUUCUGGAUGAAGAGUGCUGAAAUCCGGAGGAGCUUAGGGCUCACCCCAGUAGACAGAAACAAACGCUCAGAGCCAAACUUUACUGUAUCUGCCCUUGAGACAACUCCUCUGAAGACUUUUAACAGCGAGAAUAUUUCAGGGGAUGAAAGGAUCCAUGUUGUGAAACCCCAGCCUGCCCCAAGAAGGCAGGGACUAUCCAAGUUAGAAAACGAGCAGAUUUCUCUGCUCACGCCAAAAUCUCCAUCAGAAAAAGAGCUGAAGAUUUCCAGUGAUGUAAGGAGAGAUGUAUCCAGCAGUUCUGGACUUGGCCUUCAGGAAAGCUCAUCUAACAUGAGAACUAUGGCUAGCCAGAGCUUUAACACUUCUGACUCUACCAUGCUUACUCCUCCAUCAAGUCCGCCACCACCACCUCCUCAGGAUGAAGAACCAGCCACUUUGCGGAGAAAGAGGCAUCAAGCAGUGUGGCAGAAUGAGGUUGAAGCCAGGUCACCUCCAACACCAGCAUCAACACCUCCUGCUCCCCCACGCCGUGAGCCAACCUCUGAUGCCAAAGAGUCAACCCAGGCCAAAAAAGACGAUGUGCGGAAAUCUUUUGCAGAGAGUGUGGAUGAGAUUCCGUUUGCUGAUGAUGUAGAAGACACGUAUGAUGACAGGACAGAGGAUUCAAGCCUCCAUGAGAAGUUCUUUACACCCCCUACCAGUAGGCCAAGGCCAGAAAAACCACUUCUUCUGCCUUUGGUCAAAGAAAAUGGUGGUCCACCCUCAAUGGAAGGAGGGGUUAACCAAAAGAAGAGAGCAUUGCCUGGAAUUUCUGCAGAGGCCAAGGAACUUGCUGAAGAAAGAAUGAGAGCCAGAGAGAAGUCUGUCAAGAGCCAAGCACUGCGUGAUGCCAUGGCUAAACAGUUGUGUAAGAUGAAAGACAUGGAGAUGGCUGCAGCUGCUGCUGUGGGGGUCACAAGGGCACGGAAGGCGUCUUCUAUGCCCUUAAAGACCAAAGAGUUCUUUUAUGAGUCUCCAAAGCACCUGGCCUUGAAAAUAGCAGAGGGAUCCACACGAAAGCAUGAUGCUGCUAGUGAGAGGUUCUCUACUCCUGUUGCUGAUGUGGCUGGACCUGAGGGGUCCGUCACGUCUUCAGAAGGCUCCAGUGGGAAAAGUAAAAAAAGAUCUUCUCUUUUCUCCCCUCGUAAGAACAAAAAGGAGAAGAAAUCCAAAAAUGACAGCAGGCUUUCUGACAAAUCUAGUGGUGGGACAGAGGAAGCGACAAAGCCUAGGUCAUUAUGGAAGUCUGUUUUCUCUGGGUAUAAGAAAGACAAGAAGAAAAAGACUGAUGACAAAUCCUGCCCUAGUACUCCCUCAAGUAGUGCCACUGUGGAUUCUGGCAAGCACAAAGCUUAUCCAUUUGUUACGGCUGCAGAUUUGCAGCUCCGUCAGCAUCUAAGUUUCUCAGAGGACUCCGACCUUUCCAGUGAUGAUAUUCUGGAACGCUCCUCCCAGAAGUCCAGGCGAGAGUCGAUUUAUGUACCACACGCCUUGGCAUUCAAGAGAUCAUAUUCGUCAAAGAGAGGCUACACAGAAGAGGAGCUGAAUGCCAAGCUGACCCGGCGAGUACAGAAGGCUGCCCGUAGACAAGCAAAGCAAGAGGAGCUAAAGAGGUUACACAGAGCUCAG